AUGGCGCAAACGGGUACUGACAAGUAUCGAUCCAACAGGGAAAGUUUCGACGGCAUCUAUCUCGAUCUAUCGAAAGAGUCGGGCAAAUGCCGCUUCGCCGAGACGGGGCUUGGUUGGAAACCGUCUGGAGGUGGUGAUACUUUUACGCUCGAUCACAGUAAUAUCGGAGGCGCACAAUGGAGCCGAGCAUCGAAAGGCUAUGAAGUGAAGAUCCUUCUGCGAAACUCAGGUGUCGUGCAGCUCGAUGGAUUUACACAAGAGGACCUGGAGCGCUUAAACAAGAUCUUCAAGAACUGGUAUAGCACGAAUCUCGAACACAAGGAACAUGCGCUUCGAGGAUGGAACUGGGGCAAAGGGGAGUUCGGCAAGGCAGAGCUGGCCUUUAACGUACAGAACCGCCCGGCGUUCGAAGUUCCAUAUUCUGAGAUCUCGAAUACCAAUUUGGCUGGCAAGAAUGAAGUUGCGAUUGAGUUCUCGCUACCUGUCAACGGCGAUGAUACGGGCACGAAUGGAGCGCUGGGUGGUGCGCGGGGGAAGGGAAAGAAGGCUGGUGCUGGAAAAGACCAGCUGGUGGAGAUGAGAUUUUAUAUCCCUGGUACUACGACGAAGAAAGAGGCUCUAGAGGGUGAAGAUGCGCCUAGUGACGCUGAGGGCGAGGAGGAACAGAAUGCUGCGAACCUGUUCUACGAUACCCUUAUGGAAAAGGCAGAAAUCGGGGAGGUUGCUGGAGAUACCUUUGCCACCUUCCUUGACGUUUUACAUCUUACUCCAAGGCAUGUCACAUCCAGCUCUCUGAUUACAUCUACUGACUUUCCGCAGAGGUCGUUUCGAUAUCGAUAUUACGAGGCGAUCAAGAAGUUCAUGAUCCUCCCCAAGCCCGACGAAACACAUUUCAUGAUCUGUAUCGGCCUGGAUCCACCUCUGCGACAAGGUCAAACAAGAUAUCCCUUCCUGGUCAUGCAAUUUAAGAAGGACGAGGAGGUGACCAUUGACCUCAACAUGACGGAUGAGUUGUUGAAAGAGAAAUAUGAGGGCAAGUUGCUGCCACAUUAUGAGCAGCCAUUACAUCAAGUUGUCACACAAGUGUUCCGUGGGCUUGCAGGAAAGAAAGUCAACCAACCCGCAAAGGACUUCUUGAGCCACCACCAACAAUACGGCAUCAAGUGUUCGAUCAAAGCCAGCGAAGGUUUUCUUUACUGCCUGGAAAAGGCUUUCAUGUUCGUGCCAAAACCGGCAACUUAUAUUGCCUACGAGCAAGUGAAAACAGUAGUCUUUUCUCGCGUUGGAGGCGCCGUUUCAGCCAGUCGCACAUUCGAUAUCACAAUCGCAAUGAAAGAAGGCGGCGAAUCACAAUUCUCCAACAUCAACCGCGAAGAGCAGAAGCCUUUGGAGGAUUUCUUCAAGAUUAAGGGCUUGAGGGUCAAGAACGAAAUCGACGAAGAUACAUCUGCGAUCCUGAAGGCCGCUCUGAGAGCAGAGGAAUUAGCUAGCAGUGAUGAAGAGGUCGUGGCCGCGCGUGCGGAUAGAGGCAGCGCCGACGAAGACAGCGAGAGCGAAGACGAGGAUUUCAAGGAGGAUAGUGAGAGUGACGUCGCGGAGGAGUUUGACUCAGAUCAUGAGAGCUCCGGUAGUGACGAAGAAGAGGAAGCUGCGAGUGAUGCGGAGGAAAGGCCCAGAAAGAAGGCCAAGACUGGAUAA